CUCAUUCCAUUCGUCCAUCUGGUUUGAUCAACUUAUCGCUAAAUUAUUUUUCUGAAAUAAAAUGUUCAAUUUUCAAGGCAUGGAGGCAGCAAUGCUGCAAAUGGGGCUAGCCACAUAUUCGGAUACAACAACAUUUACAGACAUGCUUAAAGACGAGGAUCGGAAUGAAAAGUAUUUGAAAGCAAUUAAAAUCGCUGUUGAAAGGAAACAAGUUGAAAAUAAGAAAUCUAUCGUUCUCGAUCUUGGGUGUGGAACAGGACUUCUCACAAUGAUGGCCUUAUCUGCUGGAGCUGAUUUCGUCUACGCUUGUGACGAAUUCCCUCACAAUAUUUCAUGUUGCAAGAAAGUGCUUCACACGAAUGGAAUGGAUAAUAAACGAGUUAAAUUGAUUGCAAAAAAUUCGAAACAAAUUACAGUCGGUCAUAAUCUGGACAUGUCUAGAAAAGCAAACAUUCUGGUGACUGAAAUAUUUGACACGGAAUUAAUUGGUGAGGGAUGCAUUGCAAGUUUGAAUCAUGCAAAGGCACAUCUUUUGACGGAUGAUGCAAUUAUUAUCCCUGAACGGGCAACAUUAUUCGCCCAAGUUGUGGAUUGUCCAUUAAUUCGGGACCUGAGUAUUUUCAAACCAAUUGAAAUUUCUGAAACGAUGAGGAUUACUUUCCCAGAAACAAUUACAAAUUGUUCCUCGAAAACUAAUGCAGAUCAAGGGCUGGAUUUGAUCGAACUUGCUCCCGGUGUGGAUUUCAGGAAGAUUUCGCUUCCGCUAUCUACAUUCCAGUACGACUGGGCCACCUCCGAAAAAAUCCCAGAAGAUUUUGAUACCACGAAAACUGAAUUCGUGGUUAAUUCCACGGCAGAGGCUAAUGCUGUUUUCACUUGGUGGGAAAUGCAGUUGAUUACCGAUGAAGAAGUGGCCGAAGAAGAUUUAAUUAUUUCUUGUAAACCACGCUGGGCACGAGGAGCACCAACCUACGAAUGGCGAUUCCAUUGGCAACAAUCGGCCUACUAUGGAUUCAAGCCGGUCCCGGUACGAGAAGGAAAUACGUGCUACUUAGAAUCCUACCGCGGAAAGGAUAUGCGUAAUAAAGAUGGCUACUGGUUCAAAAUAACCCAAGAUCCAAGAUCAGAAUUUUUAGUAGACGUGUCCGAUCCCUUCCAAAAAAUCAAAGUCAAUGCUUGUCUCUGCUAUUUCCACGAUGCCACGUCUCCAUAUCACUUUGCCAUGCAGCAUGAUCCAAUUCGGACGGAAUUGUAUGUAAAACUAUUGCGAAAAUGUAUCAUUCCGGAUGUCUCGAUUUGUCUCUGCUUAUCGGAAUCUUCAAUAAUCCUUCCCCUCUUGGCAGUUGCAAUGGGAGCAAAGAUAGUUUAUAUCGAGGAACAAGAGCAGUAUGGGAAACUUUCUUCACUGGAUUUAAUAACGAGCCUUUUGAUGCAUAACAAUUUGCCACUAAGGGUGCACAGUUUGGAUAUCCAGGACAAAAAUGGAAUUCCUGGGAAUAAGGUACAAAUAGUAUUGGGCGACCCAUUCUACCGUGAAAAGCUGGACAACUAUUUACAAAAUCAUGUGCCACCACUGGGACAGCGGUAUUCACCUUGGCACCAUCUCACCUUUUGGCGGCGGCUAAAUCAAAUCCCACCUAAUUUGCUUAAUGCUAAUUGCAUAAUUCUUCCAAAUGUGGUUAAGAUCAAGGGACUUGCUGUAAACUUUGACAAUUUCUCGAGACCAUUUACCCCGCUAGCGGCAAGUGUUUGCGGGGGUCGAUAUGAUUUGCAGGAUUUCACAAAGAUGAUAGCGCCGCCACCUAGCACGAGUAACCCGAGGGUUGGUUACCACACUUUGUGGGAGCAUUCCAGCAAAGCUUCAAGCGAGGUUUUCAAUUUACUUGAAAUUGACUUUACGUCGAAACCGAAUAAUUUGGAGUUCUCAAAAAAUAUCAAGUUACAUACCAAUGCAAAUGCCGUUGUUUUCUGGUGCGAGUGGAAAUUUGGGAAAGAUGAUGACAAUCAUAAUAAUGUCUUAUCAACCGGUCUUCUUGGUGACGUUGGGAUUGGGUCAAAACCUAAAUGGUAUAUGAAUCAGGCACAGGCAGUAAUCUUUAGCAAAACAACGUGGUCGGAGCGAUUGGACUUGAAUAUUGAGCUGAAUAUGCUUGACGCCAGGAGCAGCCCCAAUUUGAGUUUUUCUGUUAGAGGAUGAUACCACUAAGGAACUGCGUUUCGAUUAAGAUUAAUAUAUUAAUAGGAUUUAUAUUAAUUAUAAUAUAACGUUUUACUUCUGCAAAUCAAGCAUCAUAAUUCUGUUUGGAAGUAAUAAAUUAUUAUGACAAAAUUAUGACAAUAA